GUCUAAGGCAUAGAGUGUAUCAUGUUGAAGAUGAGCGGGUGGCAGCGACAGAGCCAAAAUCAAAGCCGGAACCUGAGGAGAGAGUGUUCCAGAAGGAAGUGUAUCUUCAUACAUCACCACACCUGAAAGCAGAUCCUGAUCCAGCCAGAGAUGGCAGCUGAGUCAUUGCCUUUCUCCUUCGGGGCACUGUCCAGCUGGGAGCUGGAAGCCUGGUAUGAGGACCUGCAGGAGGUGCUGUCCUCAGAUGAAAAUCGGGGCACCUGUGUUUCACCCCCUGGAAACACGGAGGAAGAAUCAAAAACCUUCACCACUCUUGACCCCGCCUCUCUGGCUUGGCUUACUGAGGAGCCAGGACCACCAGAGGUCACACGCACCUCCCAGAGCCCCUGCUCUCCAGAGUCCAGUCAGAGCUCCCUGGCUCAGGAGGAAGAAGAGGAAGACCAAGGAAGACCCAGAAAACGGAAACAGAGUGGCCAGUCCCCGGCCCGGGCUGGCAAGCAACGCAUGAAGGAGAAAGAACAAGAAAAUGAAAGGAAAGUGGCACAGCUAGCUGAAGAGAAUGACCGGCUCAAAAAGGAAAUCGAGCGCCUGACCAGGGAAGUGGAGGCAACUCGCCGAGCUCUAAUUGACCGGAUGGUUAACCUGCACCAAGCGUGAACAGUUGGGACCAGCACUUCCAUUUCAGGCCACUUCUGACCCUUCGUGGAAGUAUCUACUGACCACGUCACCAGUGCCAACGACAUACCCCACCACCAUCGAUUCAGUAGGGUAGCUUAGGGUAGACGAUAGAAAAGGGUCUCAGCAUGUAUAUAGAGAUUGUACAUUUAUUUAUUUAUUAUUGUCCAUAUCCAUUAAAGUGACUUUCUAUGAUAA